CAGGAGCCAGCCGCAGCGAGGGUCGUCACCACGUUCCGCGGCGACAUCGUCCAGAAGUACCGCGUGAUCCGGCAGCUUGGCGCGGGCGUGUCCGGCAUCGCGUACCUGGUGCAGAGCAAGAGCACGGGGCAACAGUACUGCGCGAAGGAGAUGCCGGAGCACGAGUCCCUGAACGAGUUCAACCGCCUCCGGGAGCUCCAGCACCCGAACUGCCUGAGGGUCGUGGAGCUCGUGCAGGGCCAGGAGGUGGUCGCCGCGAGGUGGCACGCCGUGGCCUGGCUCGUGACGGAGCUGGCUCCGGGGGGCGACCUCUUCCGGUACGCGAAGAGGCUGAUCGAGGCAGGCGGCGCCCAGGCGCUGACCGAGGAGUGGGUGGCGGGCGUGGUGAAGCAGGCGCUGCAGGGCCUUGCGUACAUGCACUCGAAGAAGGUGGUUCAUAACGACAUCAAGCCAGACAACAUACUGAUAAUGAACGCCUUUUCGGCCAACAACCCCUUCGGCAUCCCCGGUGUCGUCAUUGCGGACUUUUCGCUGGCCUCCCUGAUCGACCAGCACACGGAGUUCAACGACGGGGACCCGAGGUGCCCGGGGUGGGAGGGAGCGGAAGCCGCAUAGUCGCGCCAGUCGUGAAGCAGCCUUUUCCCCCCAG